AGCUAUGCAUAGUGACUGUGCCCUUAUUACAAUUUUUAUGUACAUUUUAACUCCCAAAGGAAACACCAAAUUUGUUUUAGAUUUGUCAAUAAUCCACUUCAAACAACUUGUGUCAAAUUACAGCAGCUUUGCGGCAAUUAUACAUAGGAAUAGGAAUAGACAUGGAUCUCUUUUCUGACCUUGUAUAACCUGCGGUUCUAUUACACCUGCCAUAUUUAAUACAUUGAGGAUUAUUUGGGUCGCACCAACGAAUAGGUACAUUAGGGUUAUCGACAAAUUUUAGUUACAGAGACUGGCCAUUGCUUUUCAAACACCCUAGCUGCGUGUAGUUUGGGCUGUUUUAGGAUAAAACUAGAUUUAACUUUCUCAACUUCAAGCGGAACAGGACGUCUUAAAGGAUACAUGCAUGGGCAAGUCUGAAUGUUUUCAAACUAGUAUUUUUAAACUUUGUUUCUUUAGUUAUAUUUUAAAAAUAUGAAGUUGAAGAACUAUCAACUAUGGGAUGAAUUUGAUCAGAAGCUUGAAACACUCGCCUGUGAGAUAAAUUGAAAUGACUUUCGCAUAACAACUACUCUGUGAAAUACGAUCUUGUGUUUUUACACGAUAAAUAUAAACACUGACGCAACGUUUCAAGCGAAACAGUUGGCAAUUGCUCUGUGAAAUAUGAUCUUGCAUUCUUACCCAAAAUAUAAAAAACUGACGCAACGUUUUAAGCCAAACAGUUGAGAAAAGAUGUCUGAAGUAAUAACAGGUUUGUUGAAGGGUACCUUUGGUUUGAUAUCGAACAAGAUUCGUGAUUACAGCGCAGAGAAACUCCAAGAUGGAGGACUCGUUGAUCAAAAGUUUCGAGGUUUGAUUGUUCGUGAGUUAGACGAUAUUUCGUCAAAAAUUGAUGCUAUUUCAAGGAAAGAACUUCUCACGAGCAUCAGCUGUUUACAGCAAGGAAUCGACCGUCUGGGAAUGGCUUUGGGAGAGACUUUUAAGACCAUGGACCAGCCGACGGCCGGAUUACCCAUCGCUGGGGCAAGCUCAAACGAGACGAAGCCAGCUCAGUCAGUUACGGUUGAAGAAGCAGUCGCUUUAGCCAACGCCAUUCAGAAACUCAAAAUCAUAUCAAAUGAACGUUUCGAGUCGGCAAAUGAUUCUUUUAACGAAGCUGGGAAAGAAGCCAGCAGAGCAUUUAAUAUCACGACGCUGGACAUUGAGGAACGAAUCCUUGCGACUAAAGUUCGCAUCACAAGUGGAAUACUCCAGAAUUUGAACGACCCGGAACUCGCCGCAAGCGACUGUUUACAAAGUCUGAGAGAAUUGAAUAGUUUGCCUGCCGUACAAGACAUAUUCUCCGUGCACAGCAAAGGUGGGAUAAAGUCUGUCUUUAAAAAAAAAUCGCGAUCGGAAAUCGUGGAAACCGUAACGAUGAUAAACUUGGUCUUGGCUGAUUUCAUCACGAGGUUCACAACGCGAAGAAUGAGUGUCUUUGAAUGGCCAAUGAUAGAGUGUGGUAAGAUAGUUAUCCAUCCAAUUCAUUAUGAUAAAAGCAGCCUGCCAAAUAUAAAAGGAAUGAAAAUCACACCACCCUGGGACGUUGUCGCACAUGAAGAAGUAUCGGCGCGUCGUGAGCGAACGCGCAAUGGACAAAUCCUUUAUUUCCUUUCUGAUAGAUGCAUUCUUAGAAAACUGGACAAAACAGGUGAGCUGCAACUAUACACUAUAUUUCCUCCUUUUGAUGAGAACAGGAAACAUUCUCAGUUUACCGAUGAUGGCGAAUUUACUGGUACGAGAAUCUAUGAUGUAACCGUCGAUGAAGAUGGCACAGUGUACGCUCUUUCUCGUAAUGACAGGUUAGGAAAAAUAUUCUCGGUGUACAGCGCGGAUGGAAGCACACAACAUCACCCAUUGAAAUUCCUUGAAGGGAAAGACAUUUAUGAAUCUCCAUACAGAAUUGCGCUGACCAACGACAAGAAAAUUGUCAUUACUGAAAAACGAUUUUUGCCAAAUAUAAAGAUAUUUUUAUGUAAAAGCAAUGGGGAACUGCUAAACAGCUUUGAUACGGGUCCGAAGUUUCGCAGUGUAAAUCAUGUUGUAAAGGGUGCGUCUGUAACCAGCGAUGAUGAAAUAGUUCUCUUGACACUAAACCUUGAAACGGAUUUCAACAUGAUUGGCGUCUUUAAGGAAGAUGGAAAGUUACAAAGAACUGUUAAAUUUCGUAGAAGUGAUGGUAAGGAUACGUAUCACAACCUAUUUUAUAACCAAGCCAAUAAAACCAUUGUUGCUCCCGAAUGGGAACGCUGUGAUGAUGGCUGGAAGAUGGUGAUAGAUUAUUUGUCUGAUCAAACUGCUGAACGCCAGCGUAUCUACGUCCUGAAUGACACAAACCUUCCAGAACAUAUACCAUCUUUCAAUUUAACCGGCCACACAAAUGGUGCACUUGCUUUGGUAAGCGACAAACAUUUUAUUUCGUUGCAAAAAUCUUGUCCGUGAACUUAAACGAAAACCAUUCAAAUUUCAUUCUGGACACCUUAUAUACCUUUAAUUUCAAUGAACAUUUUGA